GAAUAAAAAUCUAAAACAAUGACAUUUUCAUUUUCUCUAUCUAAACAAUUUGUUUUCUUUAUUUUGGCCAUGCCUUUCCUCGUCAUACAUAGUGUUUCGUCACUGAACCUUACCAAUGAGUAUCUCAACCACAAAUGCCUCUUUGAUCAAGGGAAAUAUAGCUCAGGGAGUAAGUACGAAAAAAACCUCAACCAUGCCUUCCACAUCAUGCGUGAUGAAACUUUUGCUGAGACUGGUUUUUCACACACAAGUAUUGGAACACCUCCUGAUUCUGUCACUGUCAUGCUCCAGUGCCGUGGUGACACCUAUGGGUCUAAAUGUCAUACAUGCUCCGACAUCGCACUCGCGGGGCUUCGUAAGAGAUGUCCAAGAAACAAAGGAGGACUAAUAUGGUACGACCAAUGUUUUCUCUAUAUUAGUACGAUCGGUGAAGAAAUUCCAUAUAGGACUAACUACAAGGAUAUUUUUUCUAUGCACAACCACAAUAACGUGAGAGGCGAUGUAAAAAAUUUCACCAAGAGAGCGAUGGAUUUUUUCUCUGAACUAACACUUAAAGUCGAGAAAACCGUCCAUGAUGGCCUCGGCCUCAUAUUUUACUCGGCAGGAGAAAAGAAGCUCGGAAAAAAUAAAUUAUAUGCAAUGGUGCAGUGUAUAGGACUAACAUUAGAUUGUAAAAGUUGUUUGACGUUGAGUAUCAAGAAGCUUUUUGAGAACGGAAAUAUUAAACAAGGAGCGAGAGUUUUGGGUUCAAACUGUGAUGUAAGGUAUGAGUUAUACCCUUUUCUUAGAAGUUAAAGCAUUGUUAUGGAUGUGAUGAAUACAUCCUCUUCAUAAUUUUAAUUUUUUUAUUUUUUGUUUUUAUAA